UCAAUAUCAACACCUGACAUCUACCAUGGUCUACUAUUUCAAGGCUAAAGUCAGCACGGAAGACGAUCUCUCCGAUUUCGCCAUAGACGCAAGCAACGAGUCUGAAGAAGCUGUAAUCUACAUGGGUAGAGACAAGAUUGAGAAUGAUCCAUUAAUCAAACACUCUCAUCCCAAGAAUAUUUGGUUUCACGUUGAUAACUAUUCAUCAGCCCAUCUUUACCUUCAGCUUACCAAGAAGCAGAUACUUGAUUUCAAACAGUUUGAGCUGUUUGUUAUUGAACCUAACUUGUUGGAACAAAUCGCUCAGUUGACAAAGGCUAAUUCUAUCAAGGGGAACAAGUUGAAUAACAUAACUGUUAUUUACACCCCGGUUGAGAAUUUACAUACUGACGGUUCUAUGGAUAUAGGUACAGUCACCUUUAAGAACCGUAAAUUAGUCAAGAGAGUGCAUGUUGCGAAAAAGGAAAAUGCUAUAGUUAACAAACUCAACAAGACCAAGACCGAGAUACCUACUGAAGAGUUUAUAAAGCAACAACAACAACUAGUUAAAGAGUUAGUCUUGGAAAGAAAGAAGCAAGAGAAAGAACAGCAGGACUUAACCAAACAAUAUGAAUCCCAGAAGAAAUCUAAUACUGACCCAUACGGAGAUUUGUUCAGCAAAGAAAAUCUAGAACAGAAUAGCAAUGAAUUUAGAAACGAAAAUUGGGUGGAGGAUGAAUUUUGGUAAUACACCUAUCAACACCUCUUACACUGGUUCAAUUCAU